AAAUCGCUUUUGAUAAGAACAACAUGGGAUGAGUCAUGCGUUGAUGAAAGAGAUUAUUAAAAUUAUGGUUUUAUAUAUUUAAUCAUACUUGUAGCUUUUGUUUCACUCAUUAGUAAUUGUGCUGAUAAUUUUAUAGUUUUAUAAACAGCAAAAUGGCAGAAUCUUCUAUCGAAAUUCCAUCUGCCCCAGCAUGGCUUUCUAAAUUGGAAACUAGACGUGAAAUAUUGAGCAAAGCCAAAAUAGGUCAUGAAACAGGAGCUGGUGCUUCUUGUAAUGUAUGUGGGAAAGAUUGUCCUGGGUUGGAUUUACACUUUUGGAGAAAAUUAUGUAGGAAUUGUAAAUGCCGAAAGGAUCAACAUGAUGUGCCAGAUGAAGAUUUGUCUGGAUGGGCUCAAUUCGAAAUUCUUGGUGCUAUACGUUCAAAGCCUGCCUAUCUCAAGAUAAAGGCAUUGGAAAACCAGGCUGUACACUUAGACUGGGUGCCUCCAAAUAUAUCUUCAGAAAUGGCUAUUGAUUAUAUGAAUCAAUUGGGCAAAGAUAACAUUCCAAUCACAGGUUCUGCUGCUGCUCUUCACAGAAAACAACAACUUGAGUAUCAAGUGCCUCCACAUGAUUUAGAUCCCAAUCUUUGUCACAAUCUUACAAAUACUGAGAAGAUAUUAUUUGAAGAACAUGUUGCGAAAGUAAUGUCUAAUUCUGGCCAAGGUUAUGUUACACGCCUAGGUUUACAAAAAGCAUCUAAAAUCCAUAUUGUAAACCAUGAAAUUAAACAAAUACCACAAAAUAGUUUGGAAAAAGAAAAUAUACAAAAUAUGCCUUUUAUCGAAAGUAUUAAAAAUGACAAAAUUCUUCAACAAGUUUUGUGUUCAGAGUUAGUCAAAGGCGUGCGAUAUGAUGUUCACAAAGAUGAUCUUAUAAAUAAAAAUACUUCAAAAAGUUAUAAACAAGAAACAUGUUUAAACAGUCCCGAUUUUAUCAACAGCCCAUUUCUUUGUGAGGUCACAAAAGAUAAGCUUAUACCAAUGAAAAUCAAUUCAGAAUCAAUUCGGAGUGCUGUUUUACAUGGCUGGUAUUAUGACAAGUUAUUUGAAGAUUUAGAUAGUAAUAAAUUAGACUACUCAAAUGAUUUACUAUUACAUCCUAUAAAAGCAUUCAGAGCAGAGUACUUACAAAACGAUGCAUUUAAAACCGACACAGAUAAUUUUGCUAUCAUUUCAAGUAGAGAUAUUUUGACUUCAUCUACAAAUGUAACAACAAAUCCUGAAUAUAUAGAGAAACAAACGGAUAAUCACAAUGAUGAUACAAUACCAAUAUUUUCUGAAAAUAAUGAUCAUCCACCUAAAAUUAACUAUUCAAAUCACCCAUUCUUAUCCAAGAUUGAGAAUGGUUUAGCAGCUAAUAUAUCACAAUCCAUUAAACCUUCUUCAUUAAAUUUAAGUAAACCCUUGCAAAUCGUGGAUAAUAAAUGUAUUGAAAAAUUAAUAGAUUUAAAUGAAUUUGAGGAACUGCAUAUUUCCUCGCGAGAAGAUACACCUUCAAUAUUAUGUCAGCGUUGCACAUUACAAAUUCAUUCUAACGAAAUAGUAGUGCAAACAGAAAAAAAUGGAAAACAAGUUGCUUGGCAUCCAAAAUGUUUUGUUUGCUUUUCAUGUAAUGAACUGUUGGCUGAUUUAGUUUAUUUUUUGCAUAAAGGUAAUAUAUAUUGUGCUAGAGAUUUUGCUGCCAUUUUAAAAAUACCUCGUUGCAAGGCUUGUGAUGAAUUGAUAUUUACAAAAGAGUAUACAGUUGCGGAAAAUGCAAGUUUUCAUGUCAGACACUUCUGUUGCUUUCAUUGUGAUACUCCAUUGGCUGACCAGAAUUAUGUGAGUGAUGACAAAUCCGGUCAACCAGUUUGUUUACCUUGUUAUGAGAAUUAUCAGGCUGAAAAAUGUCAGUCUUGUCAAAAACCAAUUGCUGCAAAUGAGCAAGGGGUUGCAUGGUCAUCGCUUCACUGGCAUACAUACUGCUUCAAUUGUGCUGGAAGAAAUUGUAACAAAUCUCUGCUAGGAGGAAGAUUCAUGGUAAAGAACAGUAUUCCUUUGUGUAGUCCACAGUGCUUUGCCAGUUUGAAUAAUUAAGAGGAAUAAGUGCCAUUAUUUAACAAGGAAGAGAAAGAUAAUAAAGAGCAUCAGUUUAUUUCAAUAUUAAUGAAAUGAAAUGCAUAUUUUCAUUGCUGAUUAUUACAGCCCUACAAAUGAUCACAAAAUCUUAUGUAGGUGCAAAAUAGGAUGGGAAAGGAUUGUUUUGUUAAUGUAAAAAGAUCAGUUUUUGAGAUUAAAGUCAUUGUUUUUAUAAAGUAAAUUAAAACCACAAAUUUUCUAUGUUAUUCACUUAACAUAUUUCGUUUUUCAAUGCAUUUAUCAGUA